CGCCAUGUUGGUUCUAGGGUCCCGGAUGUAAACAGAGCCAGGGACUCGUCCUGAACGGGUUAUUGUUAAACCGUCUUCGACUCUGGGACCGGGAACGACACCGGGCCGAACAGAGCCGAACUGGGACGAGCCAAGAAGACACCGGGCCGAACAGAGACAGACUAGGAGACUAAGACAUGGAGGCGAUCCAAACUUUCUCCUCCCAGGCGGAGUUGAUCAUGGAGGUGGCGCUGGAGUCCGCCGAGUGUGUCCUGCAGGAGCUGAGACAGGACGGGACGGAGAGCGAGGACAGCCGGGUCUUGGCUGUGUUGCGUUCAAUGUCCAGAGAAGCUCUUCGUAAAAUCUGCAGUGUGUUCAGAGAGCUGUUCAUGAAGCUGGAGACAGAAAACCAAGCUCUGAAAGACAAAGUGAGACGACUGGAGUCUCCGAGGGACCGGAGGAACCCUGAGAAGAACCAGUCCAGUGAGUCAGGCCAACGCUGCUCAUCUCAGGACGUCCAACCAUCCGGCGACGCCCCGUCCCCUCUGUUUGUCAUCGGCUCCGUCUCAGCUCCGGUACGGGUACCGGCCCCAGCUCUGGUACCGGUACCGGCCCCAGCUCUGGUACCGGUACCGAGCAGCAGGAGCAGCUGGGCCCUGCAGCAGAGACCAGGUCCAUCUGACGUCCACGAGGACCUGCUUCUAGAAACAGACCCUCAAUCAGCGGACGUGUCCAUGGCAUCACUUCCUGUGGUCAUUGAUCACGUCCACAGUGAAGACACGACGUCUCCUCCUGCAGCAGAGAUGGAGGUGGAAUCUGUAGAAGAGAAAACUCUCAAUCAGAAGUUUCCUGAGAGUCAAACAUUGGAUGAGGAGGAGCAGAAGGAGGUGGAGAGGAGGAGGAGGAGGGAGCAGUACAAGGACAAGAGGUUCUUCUGUGAACUGUGUAACAAAGGUUUCCACCAGAAACAUCAGCUGAUGAAACACGUGUCCUGCCACCUGAAGCCGUUCCCCUGUACGUCCUGCGAUAAAGGUUUCUACCGAGCCCAGACGCUGCAGAAGCACCAGCUGACCCACCAGCUGAAGGCGGCGCAGGAGAACGACCCGGACAAGCUGCUGCGCUGCGACCAGUGCGACAGGAAGUUCAGACUCCUGCGCCAGCUCCGCGUCCACCAGGCGUCGCACCGGCUGGAGAAGACGCCGCUGAAGUGCCACGCCUGCGACCGCACCUUCACCUCCACCGGCGCCCUGCGCUACCACGAGGUGUCCCACGCUAAGAUCAAGCCCUUCAUGUGCGACGUGUGUGGGAAGAGUUUUACCAGGAAGAAGAACCUGCGAGAGCACCAGACUGUGCACACGGGCGCGCGGCCGUACGCCUGCCAGACCUGCACCAAGACCUUCUCCACCGCCAGCAACCUGCGCGUCCACAAGAGGUCGCACUCUGACGAGCGGCCGUUCAAGUGCAGCGAGUGCGACAAGGCCUUCAAAUGUAAGAUGGGUCUGCUGCAGCACCGCGUGGUCCACUCCGGGGAAAAACCCUUCACCUGCCAGACCUGCGGCCUCCGCUUCGGACUCAAGUACAACUUCCAGAGACACCAGCGACUCCACAACGGAGAGAAACCCUUCAGGUGUGAUAAAUGCGGCGAGGGCUUCUCUGGGACCUGGGCCCUGAAGACCCACAUGUUGGUCCACGGCGUGGAGAAGCCGUUUAUGUGCGACCUGUGUGGGAAGACGUUUUUCUACAAUUGUCAGCUGCAGAAGCACCAACAGCUGGUCCACAGCGGUGGCGCCGGCCGGGGGAAGUCUGAGGCGACGGGCCGAUGGAGGUCGAGCGGAGUCAAAGCGUUCGGCUGUAAAUUCUGUCCGAAGACGUUCAGCAGCAGCAGCACCUUGAGGACUCAUGAGAAGAGCCACACCCACAACAAAGACUUCACCUGUGACACAUGCGGAAAGUCCUUCCACCUGAGACACCUGUACCUGUACCACCUGCGGCAGCACAGCGGCGACCGGCCUCACGUCUGCACCGUCUGUCAGAAAGGUUUCCUGCUGACGUCGCAGCUGAAGCAGCACGAGCUGCUGCACACGGGAGUCAAACCUCACCGCUGUGAGCAGUGCGGCAAAGAGUUCAGGACGCCCCAGAACUACCACCGCCACCUGCUGGUCCACACCGGGGAGAAACCCUACCAGUGCUCCGUGUGCAGCAGGAAGUUCAGGCAGUCCAACCAGCUCAAGUCCCACAUGCAGAUCCACACGGGCAUCAAGCUGUACUCCUGCCACCGCUGCCAGCACGGCUUCUCCGACUCCAGGCAGCUCAAGAAACACCGCUGUGGUGGAGACGCCGCUCAGAACCCGGAGUCCAAGCGCAGGAAACAGAGGGACGGGUUCCCCUGGACUGAUGAGUUCACCAGUUCAUGAUAACCACCCUGGUCAUCACUAAUAGAAUGAAAACUUUAAUAACCAGCUCAGUCUCAGCUCUGGACUCACGUAUUCACAUAGUUUAUGUUCGUUCAUUUCAAACCUGAAAACUUUCCCUGAAGAGGCAAAAAAGGUGCAGCUGCAAGUCUGCAAUUCAAAGCUGUAAAUAAAUAAAAUCAUGACUGUGACAACUACUGAUCUACUGAUGUUUAAAUCUGAAAUAUCAUUUUUAUUUCUUAAUAAAAUAUGAGCUCUGUAAAUAGGUUCUUAUUCAUGAAUAAAAUAGAAACUCUAUGAAUAGAUUUUUAUUUAUGAAUAAAAUAAAAUGUUUUCUUGACGUCACUGCGACAACACAGAGCUGGGAGCGGAGUAUUGGUCAUAGUGAGAAUCAAGUGAUUUCUGAGGCGAUAUUACAUGAACCACUGGGUGGCAGUAAUAAGUAAGAAGCUUUGCGGCGUCUCCUGUGCCGGAAACAAAGAAGAAGUAACGUCACUGCGGCGCGGUGUGGAGGGCGCAUGCGCACUGUACCAACAGUUUGUUUCUCGCGGGUAUUCGGUGUCGGCGCUAGCUAACCUCCAACAAAAAAGUUAUUUUUUCUCCGUUAAAACGCUGCUAUUCGCCGAUAAAAAAGUUGUUAUUCUCCGGUAAAGAUGCGCUAAACAUGAAGGUCCGGUUGAGGAUGUGAACGGACGAGGGUUCAUAGCAGUUACGUGUUAGCUCGUAGCUACCAGCUAACGGUUAGCAUCAAACGUCCAAGAGUUCAGGG